AUCCGGGAUGUGCAGCACAGAAACCCUUCCUGACACGACUCGUCACUGGUUGCGUUGGUCCUGUCUUCUGUUAAAUAACCAUUUGUACUUGUUAAACGUCAAAUUUCUGAAAGAAAAUGCCUCUUAAGUUUGAGCUGUGUCCGGACCGAAUGAUCGGAGGAAACCAUCCGUGUUUCAUCAUCGCUGAGAUCGGACAGAAUCACCAGGGGGACAUUGAGAUUGCCAAGAAAAUGAUCAAAAUGGCAAAGGACUGUGGAGCUGACUGUGCCAAAUUUCAGAAGAGCGAAUUAGAGCACAAGUUUAACAAGCGAGCCUUGGAGCGCCCCUACACCUCCAAACAGUCCUGGGGGAAGACGUACGGUGAGCACAAGCGACACCUGGAGUUCAGCCACGAGCAGUACAGGGAGCUGCAGAAAUAUGCAAAGGAAGUGGGGAUCUACUUCACUGCCUCAGGGAUGGAUGAGAUGGCAGUGGAGUUUCUCCAUGAGCUCGAUGUGCCUUUCUUCAAAGUGGGAUCAGGAGACACCAACAACUUCCCCUAUCUGGAGAAGACUGCCAAGAAGGGACGUCCCAUGGUGGUGUCCAGCGGGAUGCAGUCCAUGGAGACGAUGCGUCGGGUCUACCAGACGGUGAAAAAGCACAACCAGAACUUCGCCAUCCUGCAGUGCACCAGCGCCUACCCACUGGAGGCUGAGGACGUCAACCUCCGAGUGAUCGCUGAAUACCAGAAGGAAUUUCCUGACAUUCCCAUCGGGUAUUCUGGCCACGAGUCUGGGAUCGAUAUUUCCGUGGCGGCCGUAGCUCUUGGGGCAAAGAUCAUCGAGCGCCACGUGACCUUGGACAAGACUUGGAAAGGAAGCGACCAUGAAGCCUCCCUGGUGCCCUCAGAGCUGACCGAGCUGGUCCGCUCCAUCCGGCUGGUGGAGAGGGCGCUGGGCAGUGGCGUUAAGCAGAUGUUACCCUGCGAGAAGCCAUGUCAUGAUAAGUUGGGUAAGUCCGUGGUGGCCAAAGUGAAAAUCCCCAGUGGAACCGUUCUGACUCUGGACAUGCUGACGGUAAAGGUGGCCGAGCCCAUGGGCGUCGCAGCCGAGGACAUCUACCAGCUGGUCGGCAAAAAGGUGACAGAGGACGUGAAGGAGGACGAGAGCGUGGUGCCGGGGGUGGUGGACAACUACGGCAAAAGGGCAAAGUGCUGAGAAUGGAAGAGAGGUUGAAAUGGGUUCAAAACUAAAAUUAAGAGGAAAUGGAAAAGUUUCUUUUGGGGGAAAAUUGUGAAGGAGCUGAAGAUGAAACGUGAAGGAGUUGUUGCUGCUGAUGUCCCAGAUGUCCAAGUUUUGGAUUGACACACACACACAGCAACAGGUUAUAUGAUGUAAUUGGACAAGGCAUUAUAGUCUGAUAGAUAGAUCCUGUGUUCUGAUUCAAUUAAUUUCCUAAUUUUCUAAAAGCAGCCUUAAUAUAUUACUCAAAAAUUAUUUUUUACCCUAACAGGCCCAACAUAUCAAUAACAAGAAAAAAGACUGGUUGUCAAAAUGUCUGUUACUGAAUGAAGUGGGAUUCCUGUUUAUAUUGUAUUUUUGUCAUCAAUCGUCUUUGUUGUGUUACCAUGAAUAUCUGCUAAGCAAAAAUCUACAAUGUUCUGAAAAGAUGAAGCCUUCAAAUAAAACAACAAUAUUGCCAUAA